GGAGCCCUGUAGCGGGCGUGGCCGGGGGCGUGGCCCGGACCGGGGGCGUGUCCUCGCCGUGCGUUCGCGGGCGCGGCGGGUCCCGCGGCGCUGCCGGCAGCAUGGGCGGCUCUGCCUCCAGCGCGCUGGACGAGAGCAAGUGCGCCUACAUCCGAGGAAAAACAGAGGCCGUCAUUAAAAACUUCAGCCCCCACUACAGACGCCAGUAUGCCGUGGCUUUCUGCAAGCACGUGCAGGAUGAGCUGGAGCAGCACCGCGAUUCCCAGUCCCGCUUCCUGAAAACCAAGCCCCCGGUGGAAGCUGGAACAGUCUUAUAUGAAGCAGAGCUGCUGCAUUUUGCUGAGGACUUGAAGAAGUGGAAGGACAGAUAUGUUGUUGUCAAAACCGACUACGCUGUGGAUUGCUUUGAGACUAAAGAGGCCUACCAGAAAGGAGCCAGCCCUAAAUAUCAUGUUCUUCCUGCGGGAGGCAAAGUACUGACUUCAGAAGACGAUUACAAUUUGCUGUCUGAUAAACAUUUUCCAGAUCCUGUUGGGUCGAAUGAGAAGGAGGUCGCUCAAGCCUUCGUUCAGCUGCCGAGGGAAUUCCCGGUUUACCUGUGGCAGCCCUUUGCCCGGCACAGCUACUAUUGCUUCUUGGAGCCAGAAGCUCAGAGGCAGUUCAGCGCCGUGCUGGGGGACUGCGUGAGACACUCAAACCACGAUUUUCUCAAGCAGACCACGUAUGAAGUCCAGGCGUUCUUAGAAGCUAUUCAGUUUUUCCGGCAGGAGAAAGGUCACUAUGGGACGUGGGAAAUGAUAACCGGCAAUGAAAAAGAGAUCCUGAGUAACCUUGUGAUGGAGGAGCUCCUGCCUAACCUUCAGACGAUGAUCCUGCCUAAAAUGAAAGGAAAGAGGAACGAUAGGAAGCGGGCGUGGUUUGGUAUCGUAGAAGAAACCUAUGGCUUGGUCCAGCAGCAGGUGUCAGAAGGAUUAAGUACCUUGAAAGAAGAAUGCAGAGAUUUUGCAAAAACUCUUGAAGGAACCAUUCGCUCGGACAUGGAUCAGAUUCUGAACUCCAAGAACUUCUUAGCUGGAAAAAUCAAAGCCACUGUGUCUGAGCCUGCCCAGAAGUGCUGCGCAGAAAAUAUCCAGCCAUUUCUCACGUCCAUAUUAGAGGAGCUCAUGGGUCCUGUGAGUUCCGGAUUUGCUGAAGUCCGCUCGCUUUUUGAUAAAGAAGUUAAUGAAAUCAUCCAGGACUUCCAAAAGACAAAUGAUAUCACAAAGCUAAAGGAGAACGUGGAUCAGCUUGUGAACCUACCAUUCAACUCGGUGAAAAUGGAGCCCUGCUAUCUGAAAGUGAACCCCCUCCAGGAGCUGCUUCAAGACCUCAAGAGUCGCUUCAAGGUCUAUCACAUUGAUUUUGUGAUUCAGAGGACCCAGAACUUCAUGCAAGAGCUGAUGGAGAACGCAGUCUAUACUUUUGAGCAGUUGUUCUCUCCGAGUCACCAGGCAGACUCGGCAAAAGUGGCAUCAACCAUGGAAAAAGUCAAGCUGAGAGUACUGAAGCAAUAUGAUUAUGACAGCAGCACCAUCCGGAAGAAGAUAUUUCAAGAAGCACUGGUACAGAUUACUUUGCCCACAAUGCAGAAGACACUGGCUUCAACGUGCAAACCAGAGCUGCAGAAAUAUGAGCAGUACAUUUUUGCUGAUUAUACUAGUGUGAUCCAAGUAGAAAAUGUGUAUGAAGAGAUUUUAUAUCAGACGCUGCUCGAAGAAGCCCUGAAAGUGAUAAAAGAAGCUGCCAUUAUGAAGAAACACAACCUCUUUGAAGAUAACUUGAAUUUGCCCUGUGAAAGCGUGUCCAGCUUAACGGACCUGAAGACCCCUUCAGGAUCAGCACAAACCACUCCUGCGAAGAAGCCUUCCACCGCCCGAGCCGAGGCGUCAGACGCUGAAACUCAAAGUGACGAAACGCUCGUGGUGACGGAAAAAAUUGCUUGGGAGAAGGAAGGUGAUAGAAAGUUAUCAGUCAAAGAGGCAGUCCCUGCUGUUAGUACAGCUGGUGAGCAGGCAAACAGAAAUGAAGAAGUGUUCGUUACAGACAUCAGUGAAAAACAGGAGUCCCUUCCAGCUAUGCUUACAAAACAAGAAGUUGCAGAGGAAAAAUGCGCUUUGGAGAAUAAAGACACAGUGAAAGCUGAGUGUGUAGUGAACGCUGAGAAGGAGCUUAAGACACAACAAGAAGCUGUGGAGGAAAAAGUAGCUCCUGGGACUGAAACUGCAGUGAAAGAUUUUGGAGACAGUCCUACGAAAGAACUUAAAGUACGUGAAGGAGCAGUGGAGGAAAAGGUGACUUCUGAGAGUCAAACGGCAAUGGAUGCGGCGUGCGGCAGUGGCACUGAAAAAGAAAGCAAAGCACAGGGAGAAGAAGUUGAGAUAAAGCUGACUUCCCCACAUAAUGACGUGGCAGAAGCAGAGAUUUUAGAUAAUGCUGAAAAGAAAAUCAGAGUUGAAGAAGACAUUAUGAAAGAAUUAUCUCUGAGUGAAAAUGCGGUAGGAACAGGGUUUGAAGAGGAGAGUAAAAAAGAACGCAAUGACCUGGAAGCAAAUACUGAAACAAGGGUUAUUUCCCAGGAUGAAAACACAGGGAAAGGAGGGAUUGUGGAUAAUCCAGAAAAAGAAAGCAAGUCAGGAGAAAAGACUUGUAAAUCUCCUGAUGAUGUGAAUGAGAUAAGGAGUUUGCUGACGGUAACGGUUGAGGUACCAGCAGAUACUCCAGCUGAGAACAUAGGAGAGGUUUGUGAAGCUGAGAUAUUAAAGUUGCAGGAGCACAAUAAUGGGAAUGAGUUCAGCGAAAUGGCUGUGGCAGAAAUUCGAGUGAGCCAGACAGUGAUGAACAAAGAUACAGAGGAAUGCGCAGAGUUCAAGGAGCACCAACCGUCUUCAUCUGGUCUGGGGGCAGAUGGUACGAGUUUAGUGAAUGUGUCCGAGAGGGCCUGCGCUAAGGCACAAGCAGAAUGGCUGGUGGAAAGCUCAGAUACGCCUCAGGAGGCAAAGGCAGAGGUGGAUAUCGGGCAAGGCAUUUGGUACACAGGUGUGGGAAGCUGCGAAAGGGAUAAAUCCCAGCCAGAGGAACGCACUGAAAAUGUGUCUGAAGGCAAAAGAUUAAAUGGGGAGGAGGGAGGAGCAGGGAAUAGCCAUGCCGUCCUCGUGGAGGUGGGGACUGAGAGCUCUUUUCGUAAUCCUGCUGGAAAUGCAGACACAACGCAAGUGCCCAUUUUGGAUACAGAAAAUCCAGGAACAGGACUGCUCGACGUGCCAGUUUCUUUGGUGCCAGAGCAGGGUGAGGUUAGCGCUGUGAAGGUCACAGGAGGUAUGGAGCCUGGUGAGGGUGAGGAGAAGCCAGAAGGUGACUCAUCCUCACACACACAAAUAAAAAGUACAGAAGUAAAAGAUAUUUGCACAGAAGAAAACAGAGAAGAUAGUUCUGCGCAGCAAAACUCUGAAGAGUAAGAAAUGCUUCUCAGCCCAGCCCUGCGGGAUUUAUUUACUCCAGUAACCUCUGUUAAUUGUGAAUACUUGCUUGGGUUGGGGCUAGAGGAAACGGGCUUUGUUGCGGUAUUACCAGCUCUUGCAGUUUUAGCACAGAUCCCUUCCUGAGUGACGCGUGAUAGGUUUCUUGGUUAAAGCCCUCACCGUUUAAAACCAGGUCACUGUUGGGGAACCUCAUCAUUCACUUAAAAUUUGCUGCCUUUUCUGGUUAUAGGAAAAGUCCGCAAACGUGACCACUGAGUGCCUCAAAAAUAACUCACCCCCAACUAUACGGUUAUUUUAACAACGUAGCUGUUUUGGCACAGUAGCUCAUGAUUUUUAAAUGCAUGGAUUUGACAAGUACUGCAAUGAUUCUUAGGUGAUUGGUACAUACGUUCCUGUCCGAGGAUGCUUUUAGUAUUUGCAUGCAGUAUGCGGGGAAUAAAUAAAUAAAACUUUCGGUAGUUAAGCAGAGCCAAAUAGUUAAUUUACUAGGUUGCUCAAAAGCCACACCCUAUGCAAACUCUGCACACCGAUCACUUAAUUAUUUUAAAGUUUGACGGAUAUUAAAGACAAGCAAGGGUUCUGAUUUGGGUUGGUUUUUUUUUUUUCUCUUAUUGCUAUAUUUAAAAACGGGGAAAAAUAUGGGAGCAGGUUUCUCGUCCCACUCUGCACUUCGGGGUUAUUUAGCCUUCUAGAGCACUUUAUGGCUAUUUUAAUUUUGUUUUAUUUUAUGGAAGGGAAAGGUGUUUGCAAUAACCAUUGGGCAGCAUCUUCCUGUUUUACUUCCCACCAUAAAAUAUAUUCACUUAGGGCUAUCUAAUACAGAAUAUUGAGUGCUGCCAUUCCCAUUCUUACUGACUUAAGUUGGUUACCCAGCUCUGUAGGCCUUUUGAGGUGUGUAAACUAUAUAAACUGCAGUCAUUAUGAAGUAUCGUAAUCAUUGCGUGUAAUUUCUAAUACAAAUAUAAACCCAAGCAAAAAGGAGCCAAGGGUUAUUCAUGUGUUCUUAAGAUUUUGGAGGCCAGAAUCACAUUUCAAAAGCACUUAUUAAAAUGAGACCUAUUGCUUUGCGUAGCAUAUUAUCAUCUGUAUCAAAGCACGACUCGUGCACAAAGUUGCUUACAUGCAUUGUUCACAGUUUAAAGACUGUGCACAGAGUAGCUUGGGAAUGAAAAAUAGUAUUUUAAUAAAUUGGGCUUUAGAGAUCAAGACCUCACUUUAGAGGUCAGUUUAAGGCACCUGAUGUUUCAGACUGUUCCCAAAUAAAUAUAAUACAGUACAGGACAGCAAAGUUUAAUGAUAAAUACAGUAAGGACUGCAGGAUUUACGCCCAUAAAGACGUGGGAAGAAAUAACAAAAGUGCUGAGAGCGUAAUACUUGGUGACAUUUAACUUCAACAAACUGUGCAAAGUCUAUUUAUCGAAGUGUGCUAUAAUACUAACAGAGAAUUGACACUAGCAGAACAGGCAAAUAUUACUGCAUGAGUAAGGAACGUUGUUGAGUAACCGGACCAACUGCAAUGUCACUAUCGUAAAAGAAAUGCAACUCCUAUUUAUUCCAGAAGCCGUGCUGUGGUACAGAAACAGUAAGGGCACUGAGGUUUUCCUUGGAAAAGUACUGGGAGUCAUUUCCUCCUUAUAUUUCAUGCAAAAAUACUAAUUUGUAAACCCCCCACACACUGUCAGCCAAUAUUUUUACAAAUCUUUAAUUAUUUCCCUGUCAGCACCCUUUUUUU